AUGUCGCGCGCCGCGAAACUCACCCUCGCAGGGACAUCUCUCUUCGCAGCCAGCACAGUAUUCUUCGUGCAUUACUCCCAGCGGGCGGAGAAGACUGCUAUGCACGCAGGAGUCGUUCGCGACAUGCAGAACCAGGCGGCGAAACGCGAACGCCAGCUCGAUUUUGAGAUGCAGAGAGCGAUGGAGGAGGAAUAUAAGAAGAUUCAAAGUGUCCAUGAUAGUACGGAAGUCCCUGAAAAAACGCCUUGA